AAUUGGCUCAACCCUACUUUGAUGAAUUAUUUCAAACCAUUGAAUGGCUUACAGGGUUAGUUCCAAAAGAUAAAAAUCAUUCUGCAGAUACUCAGUCAACUAAUGAUUAUCUCAUUCAGUUUUGCCAUGGUGCACCAGGAAUAGUUCCUGCUUUUUUAAAAAUUUAUUCCUUUUUGGAGCGUGGAAUUUUGAGAAAAGGUGCAACAGGUCUUUGUCAUAAUACUCUUGGUAAUGCUUACACAUUUCUCAUGACUUAUCUUGUUAUACGAGAUGAAGAACAACUUAAAAGGGCGUUGGCAUUUGGAUUAUAUGGAG